CGAGCAGGUGCCGGCGAUGGCGGCUCGCGCCCAGCCCCGCGGCCCCGCGCCCCGCCGCGCCCCCCCGGGCCGCCUCCUGCCGCUGCCGCCGCUGCUGCUGCUGCUUUCGGCCGCCGCCGUCAUCCCCAGAGGUGAUGGUCAGAAUUUGGUUACAGAAGAUGUGACGGUAGUGGAGGGAGAUGUUGCCACUAUCAGCUGUAGAGUCAAAAACAGCGAUGACUCAGUGAUUCAGCUCCUGAAUCCCAACAGACAAACGAUUUAUUUCAGAGAUUUCAGACCGCUGAAGGACAGCAGGUUUCAGCUGGUGAAUUUCUCCAACAGUGAACUCAGAGUGUCAUUGACAAACGUCUCUAUUUCUGAUGAAGGAAGGUACUUCUGCCAGCUCUACACUGAUCCCCCGCAGGAAAUUUACACCACUAUUACAGUGCUUGUACCACCACGCAAUUUGGUAAUUGAUAUCCAAAAAGAAAUUGCUGUUGAGGGAGAAGAGAUUGAGCUGAACUGCACUGCCAUGGCCAGCAGACCAGCCACCACAAUCAGAUGGUUCAAAGGAAACAAGGAGCUAACUGGCAAGUCUGAAGUGGAGCAGUGGUCUGAUAUGUACACAGUGACCAGCCAGCUUUUGCUGAAAGUGGGACGGGAGGACGACGGAGUCCCAGUCAUCUGCUUGGUGGAUCACCCUGCUGUCAAAGACUUGCAGACACAACGUUACCUAGAAGUCAUGUAUAAGCCUCAAGUGCGGGUUUCUCAGAAUUACCCAGUGCAAGGCCUCACAAGAGAAGGGGAGCCACUCGAACUGACGUGUGCAGCUUUUGGAAAACCACAGCCUACGGACAUGAGGUGGUUAAGAGUAGAUGAUGAGAUGCCUCAACACGUUGUAGUGUCUGGUUCAAACCUUCUCAUUAGUAACCUAAACAAAACAGAUAAUGGUACAUACCGCUGUGAGGCUUCAAACGCGGUGGGGAAAUCACAUGCGGAUUACAUGCUGUUUGUAUACGAUCCCCCCACAACUAUCCCUCCUCCCACAACAACCACCACCACUACCACCACCAUCCCUACCACCAUCACAGACACAACGGCGACGACAGAACCAGCAGUUCACGGCUUUACUCAGUUGCCAAAUUCCGCAGAGGAGCUGGACUAUGGGGAUCUCUCAGGUACUCGUGUCCUGCUAAAUGCUUCAACGGAGGCUCUGCCAACUGUACAAUUAAGUAAUGCGUCUGUUGCCUUGCAUCCAGAUUCUCGUGCAGGUGAGGAGGGGUCAAUAAGGAGCGUGGACCAUGCAGUCGUUGGUGGUGUUGUGGCCGUGGUCGUAUUUGCCAUGCUUUGCCUGCUCAUCAUUUUAGGGCGAUAUUUUGCAAGGCAUAAAGGUACAUACUUCACUCAUGAAGCCAAAGGAGCAGAUGAUGCAGCGGACGCAGACACAGCUAUCAUCAAUGCAGAAGGAGGACAAAACAACUCUGAAGAAAAGAAAGAGUACUUCAUCUAGAGCAGCCCUGGUUUCAAUGAGGUGUCCAACCGUGGACGGUUACUGGCCCUAUUUAAACGCUAAAGAGACAGUGAUAUUGGAAGUUGCAACCAGCUUGUGUCUUUUUUUUUAAAGAAAAACGCAAAUGGGUGGAGAGUUGUGAGACUGGGAGGGUCCGGGAUUUGCUGUGUAAAAAUAUUCUUCGUAAAGUACACUCUGCUGUUUGACACCUCAGUUUGUUUGGGUUUUAUUUUUUUGGCCAAGUCCAGCUUGGAUUUAGUUUAGUGAAGUCAUUUGCAGAAGAUUCUGUGCCUUGUUUUAUUUCUGUUUGUUUGGGUUGGGGGGGAGGCUGGGAAGAAGAGGGGCUUCUGUGCGUUAGUUCUCUUCGGAUUUCUGUGGUUCUUUGUUUCCCAUUCUGUCCUCUGUUUCUGGAGUUGCCUGCUGGGACCCCUUGGAAUAGGUUGGUUUCUUUUUAAGGUAUUUUUCUUUCUUUUUAUCUUCACUGUUUUCUGUUUGGAACUCGGUCUCAUCGGAGGAGAACCAGCACAUUUUAGAUCUCAUAGUUUGCAAUUCAGUGUACCCAUAUUCCAUUUUCUCUAUUGUCGUAAAGGCUUGGAUAAACAAACGAUGAGAACCUGUUUGUGGCUGCCCAUGUUUCAAAUGCUUUAGAUGGUGGAGACUAGAAAAUAGCCUGCAACCCAGAAAACGCGCUGCCCGGCUGCAGAGCAGCGUGACAGGGGGUCCGCAUGCCAGAUGUGUCGCGGCGUGGCCCCAACCCGUGUGCCCGUGCCCAUGUCCCACUCCCAGCCAGGGCUCCUCCUGCUGCCCAGCUGGCUCCGGGGUGGCAGGAUCUGGCCUGCGGAGGGGCAGAGGUGGGAUUUCUGCUCGGAUUAUUUUUGUUGCAAACCGUUCUGUCACACUGUCCCGAUUGGCCUGACUUCUCCCUAAAUUGCUAGAAAAGGAAAAGCCCCCCUGGGGAGCAGAAGGCUGCAAACGAGCAGUUUUUGUAUUCUUUUCCCCUCCGUUUGCCUUGUGCCAGGGAAGGCAGUGAGGACCGGUGCUCAGGCGUGCGUUUGUCCUCUGGGACCUGCGAGCUCCCGGCCCCCAGCCUGGUCCAGGUGCAGGCGGCCAGGGCCGGGCUGUGCUGGCUGAUGUCCGGCUGCCUCCCACCCCUGCUCCUGCCUCAGAGCUGCCAGCCACGCACCCCUGUCCCUGUCCCUGUCCCUGCACGGCAGCAGCCGUGGGGCACAGCGACUGAAAACGCCUCACCUUCCGCAUGUGUUAGAUCCGAAACCUGGAGCAACUGGACAGGUACAACUGCCUUUUUUAUCAGAUAAGUAAAACGUGGGAAUUUGCAUUAAAAUUAGUGUGCUAACUGACUUAUAAAGCCAUAGGUAAAAAAGAAGAAUUUAGGUAAAUUAGAAUUGUGACAGAUAGCAAAUCACAAUGAGAAGACGGUUUUAAAGUUAUAUAUGCUGACUUGUUUUUGGUGAGUAAUCUUGGAUUUUGAGAGAGACUUUUUUUUUACUGUGUUUAUGUGGAACAUGUAUGCUGAUUUAUUUAAGGGAAACAUUAAUCUUAGCGUCAACUUUUUUUUAGGGGGUUGGGAGGAUCAUUUUUGUGUGUGUUUUUUUAAUUGUUUUUGGCAGAACCAUUAUGACGCAGGAGUCUGUUGGGAAUGGGACAGCAUGAAAAUAGACAAGCCCAUUCUCAAGCAGUAGUCUGUCUUUCCCCUUUAUA